AUGCGCGAAGUCAACUUCAGCAUCCCCAAUGCCAACAAGGCCUCGGUCGGCAUCACCACCGCCCUCUAUGACCGCCGCGCCCUCGACUGCACAUCGACGCUGCCGCUCAUCAACUCGCUCAACCACCUCGCCUACCUCACCACAUCGUCGGCCCGCAUACGCGACAUCCUGACCGUCGAUGGCGGCAUCGAACGGCUGAUAUGCAUCCUCAAGGAAGGCCGGAGCAAGGACAUGAUGGACAUGUGGAAAUGGAACCUCGCCUUCCAGUGCAUCUUCAACAUCGGCGUCCGCGGCUCCGAGAGCGUCAGGACGCGUGUUGUCGAAGCCGACAUGGUGCCCGUCAUUGCCUCGAUUCUCGACAACUACAUCAAGGUCGUCGACAAGAUGCGCGCCAGAGCAGAGGCUGAGAUGCACAAGUCGUCGCGCCUGGGAACCUCGAGCCGCCACCACUCAUCACGCACCGGCGAAGCUGCCUCCAGCUCCGCCCACCGACCCGACCGAUCACGACGCAUCAUCCCUCCGCCCAUCGAAAUCCCCAGGCCCCUCGACGCUCCCCUGGCCGAGACCACGCCCGUGCCUACCUUUUCACUAAGCUCACCACCAGAGCGCACCACGUUUGCCCGCGGCCGGCCCCCUCACCACCAUCACCACCGCAGCCACGAGAGCCGAGCACAGCUGUUUGCACCCGACGCCUUCACCCUACGCCCCGUGCGGGAUGCCGACCGUCUGCCCUCGAUGCUUCCCGCUCUGCAGGGCGAGAUGACCUCCCAACCAGAGUCACCCACCACGCCAAGUGCCCCGCAGGCACGCCAGACAAGCCCAAGAGCGGGGCUGGCCAGAACCCGCCGCCGUCCGUCCAUUCGACACCAACUAUCCGUCUCUGGCGAGUCGGAUCUCGAAGCGCCACAAGAUGACAUGUCGGCAGAAGCUCCCACCACGGCGGGCCCGGCUGUUAACGAACCAAUCGUAGGCAUCCAAAACAACGAGAUCAACAUGGCCGAUAUUGUUGGCAACGCAGAGAUGCUCGAUGGCGGCAACACACCCGUUCCCAUUGCGGCCCCUUCCGAGGGCACCGACGAAAAUAACGAGACUUUCAACAUCACCCACCGCCCAGCGCUCGAUGGCAGCAUCAUCAAUCCCACAAACACGCCGCCCAACAACCCCAUUACCGGCUUCUCCCCCCUGCCCCCGACCAUCAACGUGGUAAACACCAACCCCCCGCCACCAUGGUACCCACGCUAUGCCCAGGAACGAAAUGCCUCGGCUAGUGUGCUGGCUGCCAUGCCCCGUGACGAGGAUGUCCUCAUGUCUCUGCAGCUUCUGGCCUACGUAUCAAAGUACUGCAAUCUGCGGUCCUACUUCCAAAAGUCUCAUCUGGUACCCAAGCUCAAGAUUGGCAUUGAACUUUUGGAUGGCGAGACGUCUACUCCAAAGGCUGCUGACGAGGAAGAGGAAGAGCUCGAAGAGUACGAACUCCCUGACGACUUCAACAUCUUCCCUCUUGUUGAACAAUUCACCGUCCGCCACCACACAUCCGAUAUGCAGUACUGGGCCAGCGUUGUUAUGCGCAACCUCUGCCGGAAAGACGACUCCCGUGGAGGCAUUCGCCAAUGUGCAUACUACCAAUGCGGACGCUGGGAAGAGUACACACGUCAGUUUGCAAAGUGCCGCCGCUGCCGGAGGACAAAGUACUGCAGCAAAGAGUGCCAGAAGAGCGCGUGGGUCUUCCACCGCCACUGGUGUGUGGCCGCUACCUAG